GAGAGAGAGAGAGAGCGCUUCAUCUUCAGCACAGAUCAGAUACACAGUGUCCCGCGGCUCGAAGAGUUCCUCCGCGCUUUAAUGAGGCUCCGUGGCUCCGCGGAGCGGCGGAGGGAGACGGGAGAGGCGGGGGAGGAGGCGCGGGGAGGCCGCGGAGGGGCUCCGGAGACCGAGAAGCCGAGAGAGCCAGAGAUGAUGGCGGCGGGAGGAAUCACCACGCUCCCCGCUUUACCGGAGGACGGCGCCAGCGGAGGCUUUCCUCCGGUCAACUUCAAGGAGCCCAAGCGGCUUUACUGCAAGAACGGCGGCUUCUUCCUCCGGAUCCAUCCCGACGGUCGAGUGGACGGCAUCCGAGAGAAGAGCGACCCGCACAUCCGGCUCCAGCUCCAGGCCACGGCCGUCGGUGAAGUGGUGAUCAAAGGCAUCUGUGCGAACCGUUACCUGGCCAUGAACGCAGACGGACGACUGUUCGGGACGAGAAGAACAACAGAUGAAUGUUAUUUUCUGGAGAACCUGGAGGCGAACAACUACAACACGUACCGCUCCCGGAAGUAUCCCGACUGGUACGUGGCUCUGAAGAGAACGGGUCAGUACAAGUCGGGCUCCAAGACCGGCCCGGGUCAGAAGGCCAUCCUGUUUCUGCCCAUGUCCGCCAAGUGCUGAGGAAGACGCCGCUGACUCCCAAACACAAGGCUUUAUUUGUGGGGUCAGGCUGGAGAGAUGGGCUCCAUCAGUCUCUGUAUGGUCCGGAGCGAGGGCUGCUCCCAUCUCCACGCUGUUUCUCGCACGAAUGUUUUUUUCCGUACAUCUACAAAAUGUGAGAUCACUUCGAAGCUGCUCCUUUACGUAUGCAAGAGUAUUUCUAUGCUGUAUUUUACCAAAGGGAACCGCAAAGUUUCGCUCCGAUGAAGGGAUCACGAGCGCACCAUGAAUGUUUUUUUUUUUAGUAAAAAACUUUAUUCUCUUUUUCGCACGUAUCGUUUCGGAAAAAUAGUUUAGUGACUUUAGAUUAACAGUAGAGAAAUUAAAUAAAUGAAGAGUUCCUUGAUUAAACACUACAAAAACCCCCAGGCAGAUUAUUAUAAGGUUACGCUACUAAAACUACAAAGAACUUUUACAAACGCUUCAUUCAUUAGAGCACGUCUUUUCUUUUUAAGAAGCGAGAAAUAACAAAUUCUGGUGUGAAUCUCAUGAAGAUGCGUAAAACAAAACAAUUCAGUCUGUUUUUAGAGCCGAGAUUUUUUUCUUAGUGCCAUUAUUGUGCAAAAAAAAAAAAAAAAAAGCAUUAAAAAUUCUAUCAUGAUAUACAAGUACUUUAUAAUAAAAAUAUUGUAUUUUUUUAAUUGCAUCCAAAAUAAGUUUUUG